CAAGAAUUUCUUGUGUGGUGAUUUUCAUUGAUCAUCAUAGAAGAGUGCAGAGCGUGUGACGGAGGAGUGUUGUGCGAACAAGUUAGUACCCUUCCGAUUGAAAAGAAGUCAUACCGAGAUUUGUUUAUCGCCUCGAGUGAUCAUUUCCGUCAGCAUCCGCUUGCUGAUUGUCCGAAUGUGGUCCGGAAAGGUGUAAUUAGUGCUUUGCAAGUGACCAAAAAGUCCGUGUGCGAACCCGUCGUACAUUCGUUCCGAGCGUGAAAAUUGUGAAAGAUUUACGUUCCUCUCUCGCUUGCUCUGCCUGUCUCGCCUCGCAUCGCAUCGCAUAUACUCACUUGAUUCCCUCCGCCCGUGCUGCCUACCAGCCCGCCCCCGCGGUCUACUUUUAUUUCGUUCCGUUCCAAACCGUGGUGUCGCCUGUGCGAGAAAGUGUGCGUACGAUGUAUGCGUGUGUGUAGUGGUACUGCCUGUCAGGGCACGGAAAGGAAAAUAAUACAUCGGAGCUGGAAUCCGACCAGCAGCAGUAUCAGCAAAUAAAAAGUAUAAAAUUCUUCAAGGGAUACUGAGGAAUUCGCAGAGUUUAGAGUUUACUACUGGUGUGGUUUAGUGCGAAGCCUAUCGCGAAUAAACGGUUUCCCAUUUAGUUUUAUUUUUAUUGUAAAAUUGAGCAAGACAGGAAGUGAACCGUUGCAGGAAACUAAUCCAGCAAGAGAACAGCAAAGAAGGUAGAAAAAUUGAAACAGGAAACAAGAGGUGGUACAGGAGGAGGAGUAGCAGGAUGUAUCUGAAAAGAAUCUACAUAUCGACGACACUGUUGGCGUGUUUUAUGCUGACAGCUCCAUGGUCCGCCUCGGCCCAGGAUGAACAGAAAUCAAAUAACCGCAUCAGUCAGUCGCUGUCGGCGCCGUUCGGCGCGGGAGGUUCUAGUCCAAAUAAUGAUAUCUACAUCGACGAUGAAGGCCUCGAAGGUUCCGGAAGCAGAGGAGAGAUUCGCGACGAUCUAGAGAAGGAAGACGACGAAUCUUCCGGCUCCGGUUACGGCGACGAUGACGAAGACUCCUCCAGCACGAGUCGCAACAGCAACACGAACGUAGGCGCGGGCGGUUCGAAGGACAAGUCCCGCAUUUCCGAAAACAGCGCAGGAGGAUCAGGUGAUCAUGAAACCUACGUUGACGAAGAUGAUGAUGAUCUCUACACUGAAACCAAAAGACCUUCCGUUGAUCCGUCCACGACAGACGAUGAAGAUAUGCCAAUUGGUAAGGACACUAGCAAACAAUCGGGCACCAGCAUAACACACGGUGGCCAAUCACCCGACGGAGACCUCGAGAUCAGCCACACCCAGCACAUUACGCCUACGGACGUCGGCACCGGCGGUCACGGUCACGGUCACGAUAGUACCAACCCGUACGGUGGCAGCGGCGUAUUGAUCAUGAACGCCAAGAAUGAGGACAGGACUGCCAGCUUCUUCGCACAGCCGGGCAUUCUCGCAGCUGUGAUCGGAGGCGCGGUCGUCGGGCUCCUGUGUGCCAUCCUAGUGGUCAUGUUCAUCGUCUACCGGAUGCGGAAAAAGGACGAAGGCAGCUACGCACUGGACGAACCGAAACGGUCGCCCACGGCCAACACCUACGCGAAGAAUGCCAACAAUCGGGAGUUCUACGCCUGAGACUACUCCAUCGACUCCAGUGACGGUGAUUUGUAAGCAGCCAACUAGCAGCAGCGAUUACGUAGUAGCAAAGCAAAGCAAAAAAAAGUAGAGCAUCGCGAGUAAGAGACAGUGAGAAUGUGCGGCGGCAGUAGUUCUAGUAGUGUUGUGUCAUCGGUUUUGUUAGCUGAUUUCUGGACUGAGUUGUCGUUUUUCGCAUGAGAAGAAUUGAAUACAAAUUUGACACUGGGAAAACCGGAAACAACCAACAUGAUAAAGAAAGAAGAAGAAGAAAAAACGAAGUGACGGCACUCGCUCGCUCGCGUGCUUCGAUUUCCUUUUUUUUGUGCUCGCGUGCUCAGUCACUCAAUUACUGUAGAGUCGUCGUCGUCGUCAUCGUGUGUCCGGUGGAGAUCCGGCUGGAAGUAGUAGGAGUUUUCUAGGGUAACCAAUCAAGCAAGUUUAAACACACACACACUACAACAGAAGCAGAAAGAAUACAAAAUUUUACUAACAACAAAACCAAUGGUUAAUGAUGAAGGAAGCAUGCGAAGGUUUUGUUUUUACUUUUUGAUAGCCGUCAGGAUAUUUUCGUAUUUUGUGCGAGAACGCAGUAGGUUAUACACGUGCGGAGCGCGUUUUUAGUGUAUUUUUCUUUCUCUCUCUCUGUCUGUCUCAAAACUACUGCGCCUACUGAUUUAGUUUAUUCAUUUUUUUUUUGGUUUUGAUUUUCCAUUUUUUCGAGAAUCUUUGUGGGUAACGAAAGAAAGAAAGUGUGUGUAGCUAUGCGGCCGUGUACGUGCGGCCGCACGUGGACAAAAAAAAUAAAGCAGCAUUUAUUGAUGGCGGCAGGCGUUUUAGAAUACACUCACUCGUACACAGGCAAAGUUUAGCGUGUAAGGAAAAGGCUAAAAAGUUUAUAUAGUAUAGAUGUUACAUAUUUAUAAAAAAGGCAUGCUAUUGAAAUGAAGGAAAAGAGCCAAUAAAGUUUUUAUUUUUCUUUUCUUUUUUUUUAUAUUAUACAUAUAUAUGUUCUAAAUUAGCCAGUCUUCGCGUUAAGUUCCGUUCGUUUUUUUUUUUUUUUGUUCUCGGCAAUUAUCCUUUUCGAGUGGAACAAUGCAUAAUUAUAUACUACAUCUAAUGAGAAUACUUUAUUGUUAAAGUAUGGUAACGCGGAACGUAAAGCAAGUAAAAACUCUGUAUAGGACAAAAACAAAACAAAAAAAAACAUAUAACUAUUAUUUAUACAAUUACUUAUAAACUUUUUUAACAAAUCAAACAAUAAUCAUUAACGAAAUGGAUUAGUUAAAAUUAAAUCUAUAGCAAUAAACAAACAGACAGAACAUUUACCGGAUUGUUGUUACGUUACGUCGCGCGCAACAGCACCGUAAACAGGCGACUCUCAAAGCGGUUCAAAUCUAAAUUUCUAAACAAACAGUGUCUGUAGGAAGGAAGGGGACAUAUUGUUGACGGAGUGAAUUGAUUGUUUUUGUCUCGGCUCGGGUUUUUAUGGAAGCGCUUGACUAACUUACUUACUGACUGACUGCUGCUCUCGAGAGGGAUAUGAACUGUCUGUUGUCCGUUUGUUCAAUCUCUGCUGGUCAACUCCAGGUGGUGAAAGAGAGAGAGCCAGAGAGAUUAAGGAGGGGUCACUUUUUUUGUCACGCUAGUGAAUUGAGACAGAGCGACUGUCGAACCUAGUUUUGCAAACGUCUGCAGGUUUUGAUUUUAGAUGCAAACUACAACAAAAAAAAAACAAUUACUAGUAGGUAGAAAUUUUCCGCGGUCCUUUUUUUUCAAACUCCGCCGAGUUGAGUAAAUUGUUGAACAAACAAAAAAUCAAAUCGAUUCAUCACUCCCCCUUCUCCUCGAUAGGAGAGGCUGGAGAUUAAAAAAAUUAGAACGAAAACUCGAGCGAAACUAUAACUGAAGGAAAUAUCAUAUACAAAUAGCUUUUAAAAUUAAAAAAAAAUCUGGGCUAAUACAAAAAAUUACAGGCAUGUAUAAAACCACUAAAAAAACUAUUUGCUAUCAAUAGUUAUGAUUGUAUUAGCAUAGUAACUACUAAGCUGGUGUAACGUCUGGUAUUAACUUAAGUGUAGUUGAAUGGAUUACACACGUGUGCUGACGUUGCGGUGGCCUCACUUAAGUAUUAUGAUCCUUUUUCCAAAACAUCAACCGGAACAACAUCUGUUUUUUCUCUGCCUAGUUGAUUUGAAACUACUAGGUUUGCAACUCCUAGCACAAGCCGCCGCCCCCCACAAAGAUGUGUUCGAUGUAUCAAUCAUACAGAAAAUAGACACAAACGCAACUGAUUUACCCCUCCCCCCUCAAAAACUAUACAAUCCGCGACUGUUAUAUCUGAACAAAACAAAAAAGCAGAAUUCAAUUUUAGCGAAUAAACCAAAAUUGUUAUACAACAUUUUACUGUUGCCGCCCCACUAUUCCCGGGUCAAACCGCAAAAAAAAACACUAUCCGUUCGAGCAACAGAUUUUAUAUCCGCAUACUUUCAAACUGCGACAAAAGACCUUCGAACAAUUUCCGAAUAAGACGAAAUUCUCUCCGCCCUCUGGAACCCCGCCUGUCAAAAGCUGCAAACCAACUUGGCACAGUAGGCGGCGGUGAAAUAUAAUCCUCGUAACGCAAACCAGUGAUCAGUGUUUUUAACAACAACAAAAAAACUCUCAUUCGUUACUAUUAAUUAGGGACAAAACAACAAACGUCGAAAAAUUAAAAACAAAAGAAAAAAAACAAAAAUAUAACCCGAAGCUAAAUAAUACGCGUAUAUGCUGCAAAAUUGAUGGACAAUUCAAUGGCCUAACAAUUCUCCACUUGUCUGAGUCGUUUUUGUUAAUUGACUUUAAGGAAAAUGCAAUCAAACAAAACAUGAAAAAUGCUUGGCAGCUUGCUUUAAUUCUAGAAUCGGUUCUAUUCUAAUUUUUUUUAGAGAAAAAAUACUAUAUAUAUAGACAUACACACAUAACUUUUUUUUUGUUCUGUUCGAAGCUAACCAAGCGAAGAGACUGAUUGUAAGGAGAAAAACCGUCGCGUUCGCAAAUUUUGUUUAUAUUCUUAUAAUUCUCCAUAUACCUUUUGUGCCAUUGUCGAAAACGAUAACCACUCUUUUAUUUUUUUAAGAGAUAGCAUUUGUGAACGAAACGUUUUUCCCUUAGUCGCACGUCGCUGCCUCCCACCCCGUCCCCGUUUCCACCUACCAUUCAGCCUCUGUAGUAGCUUAAAAAAACGCUUGUACUCUGCUGGAAAAUCUACCAGGGCGCUGUAUUCGCGUUGACUGCAUAUCGGAAUCUCCGUGCCUAUUCUGAUUCUAUUCUGGUUCUUGUUUUUUAACACAAUUUUCGAACCACGCCAAUACCACUAGCAUACAGACAGACAGAAUCUGCCACCUAAUAUUCAACUCCUCGACACUUUUUUUUCUGUUACCGGAAAUACGUAAAACAUUCCGAACGAAAAAAGCUUCUCAAGCAAACAAUCAAACAAAAUUAACGAAACAGAAAAAGUUUUAUUUUUCACUUUUAAAAUUCCUUAAAAAUGGGCCAGGAAAUUUGUUUGAAAAAUAAAAACAAAAUGAACCGGAUUUUCCGUCACUAAUUACACAACAUCCCUGGUGCACAGAUCCAAUUUCAAUUAAUGAGGGCAAAGUGAAUGUGUCAGAAUUGACUCAAAUUAAGAAUGAAAAAAAAUACAAAAAAUAUAUUAACAGAAAUAUGCAAGAUUUGAAACAAAAAAAAACUGCGGUAUGACAUGUAAACAACCAGUAUAAAGUGGAACAGGAAAUCCAUUCGACGUAAUGAAGAGAUGCAUUAAUAAAUAGAAGAAAAAGAAAAUCAUUAGAAAUAUUACUAAAAGCUAAGUUUAAUAUACAACAUCACAUAUGUAAGGGACAUUGUAAAUAAAGGAGUCUUUACAGUGUA